UCAGCCGGUAAUCGGUACAUAUUUCUCGAAGUUUCUUUUAUACCCUUUCAUUUCCUUUCGCCUGGCGAUUGUGAUAGCACAUUGUUGAGGAACUCCGCCCAAUUGUACGUGAUAAGAGCAUGACUUCUCUUUUUCUUGGAGCAACCGGAUUAGCGAGAAGACCUUUUGUUCAAAUCGGAUCUCGUCUGUUAUCAAGAAUGACAGAGGCACUGAAAACUAACGAGGUUAUCCCCGAUGUCGUCGACACAGUUCCUGCCGAAAUCGUUGAGGUUACCUAUCCCAAUAAUUUGAAAUUGGAUCAAAUUGGAAAAGUUCUUACGCCAACCCAAGUUAAGGAUCAACCGGCUGUUAAGUGGAAUGCUGAAUCUAGUUCUUUCUACACGCUCUGCAUGACUGAUCCAGAUGCUCCAAGUCGCAAGGAACCGAAAUUCCGCGAAUGGCACCAUUGGCUGGUGGGCAACAUUCCCGGAAACGACGUCCAAAAGGGCGAAACUCUUUCCGAAUAUGUUGGUUCGGGACCGCCGGAAGGAACCGGGCUUCAUCGAUACGUCUUCCUGGUUUACAAACAGCCCGGAAAAGUGACCUUUGACGCGAAACGUCUGACGAACAAAAGUGGCGACAACCGUGGCGGAUUUUCAAUAAAAAAAUUCGCUGCCAAGCACAAUCUUGGCGAUCCUAUCGCCGGAAAUAUGUAUCAAGCCGAGUGGGAUGAUUAUGUUCCAAUCCUCUAUAAACAGCUCGGAGCAUAAAAUAUUUUCCUUGAUUGUCACCGGAAAUAGUCGUUUAUUUUUCACAAUUUAUUUUACCUGCUUUUGUAUGCUUCCAAUUUUCAACGAGAAAAACUUCCAUUGUUCUAUAAGAAUUUUAAAAAGGCAUAGUUUAAAAUGAAUUUAU